AUGGAUCUCGUAGAACUCUUCGUCACAGCAUGUGUUCCGGUCUUUAACAUGCUUCUGGUAGCCGGUGUUGGGUCGUUUUUAGCAACUGAUUUUGCUGGCAUACUAAGCAAAGAAGCAAGAAAACAUUUAAAUAAUGUAAUAGUAUUUUAUGUAUUCAAUCCCUCCCUUGUUGCAAUCUAUUUGGCAAAAACAAUCACCAUGGAAAGCUUGGCUAAACUGUGGUUUAUGCCAGUAAAUAUUCUUCUUGCUUUUACCUUUGGUUUAUUCUUUGGAUGGAUUGUGGUAAAAGUUACAAGAGCACCUGCGAAGCUAAGAGGCCUCAUUUUGGGCUGUUGUUCUGCUGGCAAUUUGGGCAAUAUUUUUCUCAUCAUCAUUCCAGCUCUUUGCCAAGAGAAGGGAAGCCCAUUUGGAGCAGCUGAUGUUUGUCAAGAUAUUGGACUAGCAUAUUCUUCACUCUCAAUGGCUAUCGGUGCUGUUUUUGUGUGGUCGACUGCAUAUAAUAUUGUUCGUGUCACAUCAAAUCUGACGGAAGGAGAUGACAAUGAUCAAACAAAUGAAACGAAAGUGUUAAAUUCAGGAAGUGCUACAGGAACUGUUGUAGAAGAGAACUGCUCCACCUCAAAUGAUUGCACCGACGAAUGUACACUCCCUUUGAUAUCGACGAGCAUAUGUCCAGCUAAAGAUAAGGAUUCAAUGUUGGAGAGAGCACGGAAUGUUUUAUCAUCAAUUUCUGAAGCAGUUGACUUGAAGAAGCUCUUUGCUCCUUCAACCAUUGCAGUGAUUGUCGGCUUCAUAAUUGGAGGAAUACCUCUGAUUAGAAAUGCUAUAAUUGGCGACAGCGCCCCACUUCGUGUCCUGCAAGAAUCGUCUGAAUUGAUAGGUGGAGGAGCAAUUCCGUCCAUCGCAUUGAUAAUGGGAGCAAACCUUCUGAACGGAGUACGAGGAGGCGCAAGUGUUCCACCGUCGGUGAUAGCCGGCGUCAUAGUUGUCAGAUACAUUCUGCUCCCGCUGCUCGGCACGGCGCUGGUGAAGGGAGCCGUCCGGCUGGGCCUCAUCCAGCCAGAUCCUCUGUACCAGUUCAUCCUCCAUCUGCAGUACGCCGUGCCACCCGCGAUGAACAUCGGGACUAUAAUGCAGCUGUUUGGCGUCGGGGAGAGCGAGUGCUCGGUGAUCUUCGUGUGGGUGUACGCGCUCGCCUCCGUCGCCGUCACCAUCUGGUCCGCCUUCUUCAUGUGGACGCUGUCGUGA